AUGCCCGCUAGAAAGAAAACAUUCCGUCAAGGAGCUUCCUGCGAACCAUAUCACACGACCUUGUCUUUCCAAGAAGAUCUACAGCCAUCCUUCGGCCCAUCCAGAUCACCCCAUCCAAGCCAACCUUGCCCUCCUCGACGCGUAGGCUCAUGCUUUGGAUUACAAAAUCCAGAUGGUGCAUGCACUUGUUUCAGAGACUGUUCCGAACCGGGAGACUUUUCACAUCCUAACAACAUUUGUCCGCCACGACAUAUACAAUCUUGUAUUCGAAAGAAGCAUCAAGAUGAUUUAUACAAUUUUCUUGGAGCGUGUGACGAAGAAUCAGUGGCUGAUGACGAUGCUCCAGGAACACGCAUUCCUAUAUUCAAGAUGAUGUCCAUUUCCCACUGCCAAUCCGUACGAAUCAGCGUUGGAAAGAUCAUCAAUGACAAGGGGGAAAAUGUACUGCCGCCACCAUCUUGCUCCUUAUCCAGACCCCCCGAUUGUCCACCUCAGGAUUCUUUCUACAAUAGCUUCAGUGAUCAGAUUGAUCUACUGACCGAGAUACAUAGACUCCAUGAACGAAUUGAUUCGCUGGAAAACAACAUUCCGGGACAUGUGAAAACGACGGCUUAUUGUCGAUGCAGUUGCCAUAGGUCGACACGACCUAAGACGCCUCCGCCGGAUAAUUAUUGGCAUGAAAACGAGUCACAACUGUUUCCAGAUCCAAGAAAUGAUUGGGAUGAAAGUGGUGAGCCUGGUGUUUCUACUCCAGUGGUGUGA